UUCAACAACAAUGAUCAUGCAAUUGCCGCUGCAGCAACAAACCCAACAUUUAACACAGCAGCAACAACAACCACAACCACAACAAUACCCACAUAUAUCACAAUCAAAUAUAUCUCAUCAUCAGCAAUCGCAGCAAAGAUAUUCUACCAAUGAUUAUCAGCAUACGUAUCAACAACAAACAGAUAUAUCACCGUUGUCACCGCAACGACAGCAUACAACUAAUAAAACUCAUGCAACAUAUUAUAGACAACAAUUUUAUGUGCCACCACCUAUGCAGCAGCAGUAUCAACAGCAAUAUCAAUCUUGUGCUGAACCGUAUGUGGUUUCGUCUACUAAUUACGUUGCUAAUAAAUCGCGAUAUACGCGACCAGUCCAACCACAAAUGCGUCAGCAACGGAUGCAUUCACAACAACAAAGGCAACCGCUAAAUCAACACAAGUUGUUUUCACAAAGGUCAACACUUGUAUCUUCACCGUCAUCGACAUCAAUCAUUUCCAUAUCUUCUGAGUCUUCAGUGGCAUCGGAAGCAUAUGAUUCAACAUCAUCGAGCUCAUCAGCAUCAAAGACAGAGCAACGCAAUGUCGAAACAAAAGACAAGAAGAAGAAGAAGAAAUCAAAACAACACAACAGCAAAUAAACGGGAUUGUGUAGAAAAGUUUUGUGGAAAUUGACAUCCCAGUCAGUUAUCGAAAUCGAAAUAUAGAUUUUAAAGUGCAACUGUAAAAUACAUAGCUCAAUGCAUGAAUCGGAAUAUAUUGUAUUUUAAUCCAUACAUCAUUUUUGAUUAACAAUGUAAGUUAUGACCUUCGCUCUUCAAUCUAUUAGAUCGUAAAACAUCGAACUAUCUCACACACAAACAGACGCACUUGCUUUAAACGUUGUAUUAAACAAUUGACAAAAGAAAAAAAAACUAUGCAUACCAACAAGCAUCUACAAAGAAAAUAUAUUAUGGAAAAACUAUUUGGAAUUGUUGCUAUUAAAGAUAAUGCGUCAUCAGCUCACGUACAUUAAGAUUGAUUAAAUUUGGUAGUAGUGUAGAAAUAGAUUAACCUGUGCCUAUAUAUAUGAGUAUAUAUUUAAUAAAUAAUAUAGCAAG